UUCUGCGCGCGUAAAUGUACCCAUACUACCAGGCCCGUAUACAGUGCAUAUGCGUUAUGCAUGCAUGCAGUACAUACACACGUUUUCUCAUAGACCAAACGAACUAGCCGCUGCCCCCUGUAUUUUGAAUGGGGACCCAGACGGAAGAAUAUUUGGUCAACAUUGUUCAGAGAACCAAACCAACUCUAUUCAAAAGGAUACCAGUGAUCCAAAGGGUGCGAGGCUUGGAGUGAAAAGGAUGAAUUCCUCUGAUCCUCCGAGUCAACUCCCUCCUCCACCACAUCUUUACAGCGACACCCCUGUAAGAUCAUCCAGCCUUCCUACCAUGCAGGAGGCGAUGGGAAACUCCUCACCAUCAAAGCUCCUUGGCCUUGCGUCGUCUGCACAGAAGCCUAGUCCUGCAGCAGCUGCAUCCUUUACUAGUCACAGUCACAUUCCGGUCAACCCUAUCCCAGGCCCUAUCCAUCACAAGAUAGCACAGCCGAUGCGCCAGGCUGAGCCGCCACAGACGCUCCACCAUACAUUCCCAAGCGGUCCUCAGGAAGAACCGGACUCUGCACCACAGCCCUCUUCUCAGCAGUCCUUUCCUCACUCAACUGCACAGCCGUUCAUGCCGCAAGGACAAUCGACUCAUCCAAGUAAUGCAUAUGAAGAGGUGGUGCCCACUCCAGAUCUAUCUGGCUCUCCUGUCAAAAUACCAAUCACAGGUGCAUCAAACUCUAUCGGAACUGAUUGUGAUCUCGAUUUGCAGCCUGUGAAUGUACAACCUGCUUCAGAAUCCCUCGGACAGGUAUCCCCAGAGCCUUCUGGUGAUAUCCCAGUGAAAGGUACACCUCCCGAUCAGAUGGGCACUCCUAUCAAACAGAGUUCAGUUAUUCCAACUCCGCCUUCUGAUUCCGGACCCUUUGACACUUCAGAAGCGAUGUCACCCGAGAUAAAGAUUAAAAUAAAAAAGACUGUUAACAAAGGGAAAUCGAGCCUUACUGCGACGUUACUCACCAAUGACGGAUCCCCACAGAAGACAUCGCCAAGUGCCAGUGACAUAGAAUCUGUUGCUGUUACAAAGCGCAACCUGAUGUCCAGUAUUGACGGAGAACUGCCCGGUGACCCGACGCCCACCAAACCCCAGACCGUGGCUCAGAGGAGGGAUACAGCCAAGGCGGUCAAAGGGAGUAGCAUCCCAAAGGGGCAUUUUAUCAAGCAGCCACUACCAACCAAUGAUGAGAAGCCGUGCGAGUGGCUUGUUGGAGAUCUUGUCUGGUCCAAAGUCAGUGGACAUCCAUGGUGGCCAUGCAUGGUAGCCUAUGACCCGAACCUGGGAAUCUACACCAGAAUGAAAGGUUCCAUUGGGAAAACAUACCGAAUGUACCAUGUGCAGUUCUUUGGAGAGGUCCCGGAGAGAGGCUGGGUGAGCGGAAGUAGCAUGAAGAAGUUUUCAGGACGUGACCAGUAUGAUUCUCUAGUUGAAGAGAUGGUGAGCAAAGUCCGUAAGGCAGAGAGGUCGCGCAUGCUGAGCAAGCUAGCUGUGAAACCGUGCAGGAGGAAUGCUUGGGAUGCCGCCAUUUCAGAAUGUGAGAAGGCGCUGCCUAUGAGCAGACACGAACGCAAACUAAAUUUCACAUUCAAGUAUGAGAUGCCCAAGGCAGGUGCUGGUGCUGCAGCUGAACAAAUCGACAUAGUGUCGCUUGGGGAUUCCCCGAAGAUGAAAGCCAAGAGGGCGUACAAGAAGCAGAAAGAAGAAGCUCCAACUCCUGAUGCCAGUGGUGAUAAGCAACUGCAGAUCGACCAAACUCCAGAAGCAACCAAGAAAGAAAGCAAGAAAGAAAAACCAGAGUCUGAUACACCAAAGAGAAAACGAGGUCGGAAGACAAGUCAGUUCUUAGAGUUCUCCAAGCAUUUCAAGAAGGAGAUUGUGAAAGAGAACCCUGGCAUUGGUCAGAGGGAGAUCUAUGAGAAACUGCAAGAGAAGUGGGAGAGUCUGUCUGAAGAGGAUAAGGAGAAGUAUGUGACCAAGCCUCCGACCCCACCAUCCACUAAGAGAGAGAGGAAGAGGAAGGGUUCUCCGGAGCAAGAGAGCGAGACUGCUGCACCUGUGAAGAGAUCCAAGCGAGAAUCUAAACCAUCCAAGAAACUCCAAGAAGCAGACCUGUCCAGCCUAGGGUUUUCCCCCAAGGUUGUGGCUUCCAUCAAGAAAUAUAGCGAAGCUUCUCAAUCGGAAUCCCAAACUUCUGACGGCUUUCUGUCCCCUUCAAGAGAAGCAGUUGCUCCCAAGAAGAGCAGGGCAAAAUCGUUAGAUGCCCAACCCCAACCUGUUCCCACGGCCGAGGCUUCAAGCACCAAGAGGGUGAGGUCUAGGAAAAGCUUGCAAACUCCUGCUGACGCCACGAACAAACCUGGCAAGAAGAAGAGAGCAAGAAAAGGAGAGAGUUCCGUCGUCGAGGGAGGAUCAGGCACCACCAAACCAGAGGCUAUAACAUCAGAUAUGAGUCAGGACUUUGCUGAGAUGCAGGAGGAUGAUGACGAGGGCGGUCUUAUCAUCGAUACAGACCUCAUUGCUGAUGCCAUCCAGUCUGUCGGUGAAGGGCAUAAAGGCGAUCCUCACAGUGUUGCCAGCUCCGAGACCGAUGUCUCAUCCCAGCAUGGGGGUAGUACUACUGGAAGCUCUAAUGGCGUAGCUAACGGCAGCGGUAAGGAACGACCAGCCGGAGGGGGCGGAGCUGCCAAGAAAGAGAAUGUGUGCCAGGUCUGUGAGAGAACCGGUCAGUUGCUUCUCUGUGAGGGGGGCUGCUGCGGAGCCUUCCACCUUGACUGUAUUGGACUACAGGUGGCGCCCUCUGGCUCAUUCAGAUGUGAUGAAUGCAUAUCAGGCGUACAUUCUUGCUUCGUGUGCAAGCUGUCCGAUCAGGAAGUGAGGCGAUGUCAUGUCCCAGUCUGUGGGAAGUACUACCACGAGGGAUGUAUCCGACGCUUCCCGCUGACUAGGUUCGAUAGUCGCGGAUUCACCUGUCCCCUUCAUGCCUGUGUAGCGUGCUUCGCUGAUAACCCCAAGAGCACAAAAGCUUCAAGAGGUCGUUUGAUGCGCUGUGUGCGCUGUCCUACGGCAUACCAUCAGGGUGACCUGUGCAUAGCAGCUGGGGGUAUCGUCCUAGCGGCAAACUCCCUCGUCUGUAGCCGUCACUUUCAACCAAUCAAAUCACACAAGCAUCAUACACACGUCAGCGUGAGCUGGUGCUUCACUUGUUCAUUAGGUGGAGAUCUGAUAUGUUGUGAGAGCUGUCCUGCAGCCUACCAUGCCAAGUGUCUAGGCUUUGACUCGGUCCCUGAUGGAAACUGGUUCUGCAGAGACUGCGUCAAUGGGAAGAAGCCACGCUAUGGGGAUAUCAUCUGGGUCAAACUCGGCAAUUACAGGUGGUGGCCAGGUCGUGUGUGUAACCCCAAGGAUGUCCCUCAGAACAUCCAGGACAAGACUCAUAUAGUAGGAGAGUUUCCUGUCCAGUUCUUUGGAUCCAAUGACUACUUCUGGACCCAUCAAGGAAGGGUCUUUGAGUACCAGGAGGGGGACAAGGGAAGCAGGGAGACGGCCAACUCCAAGAGGCUGGCCGCUGUCUUCAGCUUGGCUCUGAAGGAAGCCUCACAGAAGUACAAACUCUGGAGAGCAUCGAAAGAACAGAAGCUCGCUAAAGAAUUAGAACACAGCAACAAGAAACCUGCACCAUUCAAGUUCAUUAAGACGAAUCGUCCUGUUGGUAAUGUAGUGAUGCCAGCCUUUGACAUCACCCAGUGCCAAGCAUGUGAGUGUCGGCCAGACAUGGAGAACCCGUGUGGACCAGACUCGGACUGUCUCAACAGAAUACUCCUCAUAGAGUGUCACCCACAGAUCUGUCCCGCCAAAGAGGAGAAGUGCCAGAAUCAGAGAUUUCAGAAGAGAGCUUACCCAGACUCCUGCCAGAUGAAGGUCAGCCAUAGAGGAUGGGGUCUGGUGGCCAUGGUCGAUAUCAAAAAGGGUGACUUCGUCAAUGAGUACGUGGGCGAGUUGGUCGACGAGGAAGAGUGUCGACGACGGAUCAAGCAGGCGCACGAGGAGAACAUCACCGACUUCUACUUCUUAACCCUGGAUAAAGAUCGCAUCAUCGACGCCGGUCCCAAGGGCAACCUGUCUCGUUUCAUGAACCAUUCGUGUCAACCCAACUGUGAGACUCAGAAGUGGACCGUCAACGGAGACACCAGGGUGGGGCUCUUCGCUAUCAGGAACAUUGCUGCAGGUAAUGAGAUAAGCUUCAACUAUAAUCUGGAUUGCCUGGGGAAUGAGAAGAAGAGGUGUGAAUGUGGGGCUCCUAACUGCAGUGGAUUCAUCGGGGUCAGACCUAAGACUGCUGCAGCGGCUGCUAUGGAGGAGCGAUCCAAACAAGCCAAAGACAAGAAGAAGAAGCGGGUCCGCAAGAGGAACAAGCUCCAGGUUGUCAAGGUCAAACAUGAGGACUAUUGUUUCCGAUGCGCAGAGGGCGGAGAGCUGACCAUGUGCGAUGUCAAGACGUGCCCCAAGGCAUAUCAUCUCGACUGCUUAGGUCUAACGAAACAGCCCUAUGGUAAAUGGCAGUGUCCCUGGCACCACUGUGAUGUCUGUGGCAAGGGGUCCGUCAAGCUCUGUCAAGAAUGUCCAAACUCCUACUGCAAGCACCAUGCAGGCGAAACGACAGUCAUCAUCAACGACAAGGUCUUCUGCAAAGAACAUGACCUGGAAGAUAUCGAGAGGAUGGAAGAUGAGAAAGCCAGGCUGGCUCUUCUCAAGAUGGAAGAGGACGUUGCUAAGAUGAUGCAGGAGGUGCAGGAGGUGAAACUGGAAGAGGAGGAGCAGGAGAAGGCAGAAAAGAAGAAGAAGCGACACAGACAUAGAAAGGAGUCUGGAGAUGAGAGUGAUAAAAAGACAAAGGAUAAAGAUGAAAAGAAGUCCAGGAAAGGAGACAGGUCCACAGAUGGGGAGGAGGUGGUUAAAAAAGAAAGAAAAAAGCACAAGAAAGACAAAGGGGAUAGAGGUGAAAAGCCAAAAGUUAAUGGUAUCCAUGGUGAUGAGCCAGAGGUCAAAGUUGAGCCAUUGGAAACCCACGCUGCCGAGCUGGAAGUUAGCAGUGACCCUGUUGACGAAGUAGCCCUGCUUGAGUACGACGAUGACAGCGAAGCAGAACUGGUGAUCGAUGAAACUGUAGUUGAGAAAAAGAAAAGAGAUAGGAAGCGGCAAGCAGAGGAUAGCACGGAAGUCUCGACUGACCUACAGGAGAGCGUAAGCCCUAAGAAGAAGAAAAAGAAAGAGAAGAAGCACAAAAAGGACAAGGAAAAUAAAAGAGACAAAAAAGACAAAGAGAGAGACAAAACAUCAGGAAAAGAGAGGAAGACGGAUAAUGUAUCAAACACAACAACUAAAAUGGUCAAUGGUUCUCUGGAAAGUGAUUGAUGAAUCAUAUUUUAUAAAUUGGUUUUCUUCUGUUUAGUAUUUUUUUGAUGUUGAGGUAACUCCCAAAUACAGUCUUGUUUCAGUCAAUGUAAUAUUUUAACAAUAUUUUAUAGUUUGCUUGCCUUAAGAUUUUCUCCCGUCCCCACCCUGUGUCUUUACUUCUGUUUUAUUUAACGUUCUUGUGGUGAUUUCUUUAAGUGUAUAUUUUGGUUUAAAAUAGGUUUUCUUUUGUUUAAUAUUUUUUAAGGUCAUGGUGUAUUCCUUCCUGUUAGCAAACAACUUCCCAAUAUAUCCUCAAACCAUUAAUUCUACUUGACAAUCACCCCCCCCCCCCCAAUCUUUACGUUUUUAUUCCACUUUAGUUGCUGUUUAUCAACCAUAUAUUUGUGUCACUCAAUCCCUUUUGAAUAAAGUGAAAUACUCUACAUGCAAUCCAAAUUAGUGUUUACUUGUGUAAACAGGAUAAAAGAUAAGAUUAUUAUGCAUAUUGAUUGCUGAUUUAAACUAUGUUCUUGAAGAUUAUAUUUGUUUGGAUAAAGAAAACUGGAAUUAUUGUGUAAUCACAUCUUGUUAGAUGAAAUUAACAAUGUACAAGAAUUAUAACAAUAACAAUAAAAUGUUUAACAGAAUCGACCAUGAGAUAAAAUAAUAAUAAAUAAUAAUAUUAGAUUCUUAUAUAGAAGAUAGAUUAUUCCUAAAUUUGUGUUCUUGAAUACAUGUAUUUCAAUGGACGUUUCUAAAAAAGGAAAAGGUGAAGAUAAUCAAGUUAAGAUUUAUGCAAAAUUGUUAAUGUAUUUUGUGUUAUGACAAUUUCACAAUCAGAGUAAGGCAAAAUUUUAAGUAUGCACUAAGUGAUCAUGCUCUUACUGUUAACUUCCACACUUUUCCUCCAAGUAUGGAAUCAAUUUAGGUACUAUUCAAAAUUAUGUUUUUAUAAUCAAUGGCAUCUUGGUUUCAAAAGAAAUAAUGGAGAUUAUCACUGCCGGUAAUUCUUUUCUUUACAUCCUAUGAUAUACAUGUAUAUUUCAUAUUUGCAUAAUUAUGUAAGUUGAAAGUUCCAUAGUCAAGACGAUUGUACUGUUUCGUUUUCAUCAUCCUGUCUGUCAUAUUUGUUUGGAAUAUUAACCCAUAUCCCAUUCAUCUUUAUUACUUUCUUUUCUUUCUCUUUCUUCCUACUUUCAUUCUAUUUCCUUUU